AUGGGGAAGCCCAAAGCCAGGCCCGCCACAUGGGGGGCUGGCAAGGGGAAGGCAUCUGCUACUCAACCAAGAUCCAACAAAGCCGCCCGUCCACCCAGCGCAGGACGGACGCGGCUGCGGCUACAAGGUCAAGCGGGUCCUCCUGAGCAGACUCGGCAAGCCGUGCCAAAGGCCCAGGGCCAGGGCCGAGGGCAGCCCCGGGGGAGCCAGGCACGAAGCCAAUCAGGGGGAGGUACUGCUGCAACUCCUCCGCGGCCGACACUGCCGCUGACUGCUCCGCGGGCUGCAUCGCCUCGAUCUGCACCUCCUGCUGCAUUAGGGUCACGUGAAGCUGGUCGAGCACGUACGACAGGAGCGUCAAGCAAGUCCCCACGUGCAUCACGCGUUGCUCGACGAGAGACGGAGGCUCACCAAGAACCACCGCUGAGGGAGGAGGCGGGGCAGGAGGCGUCACCGGUCCCCACUAAUGCUGCACAGGGGGACCGCCAUAGGGGUACCGAUGGAACGACGGCGGGCCAGGUACUGACUGAGGGUUUCGUACGUGCAGGAGAGGAGACGGAGGAGCAUGGAAUACCGAGGGGAGAGGCUGCUGCGGACAGAAGGGCAAUGGAAAACGACGGAGUGGAGUUUGAACUGGCAGUUGCUGUGCUACCCUCGAUGGGGGCUGCGGGGAGGCCUCUGGUGGCUGAUGUUGAUGUGCCUGCGGCGGAGACGGAGGCAAUCCCGGUGUCUGCUGGCGGUCCUGCCGCUGCCUUUGACGGCGGCUCUGUUUUGCCCUCUGCCAUCCCGCGGGAUGCACAGACGGAGGUUGAGGAGACGAGGCUGGGCGCGGAUCUGGAGCUGAUCGCGGAGGUGGCGCUGUCCGCGUCACCGGCACCUGUAACGCCGACUGUGCUGGUGGCGGCGGUGUCUGCUGCGAUUGGGGAGCGGGGCCAUGCCCCGAUGGUGGAAGGCGCGUCGUCUGCCGCUGCGUGCGCCGAAACGCCUGUUGCUGUCGUGGCCGCAAGCAGGCAGGAGCACGGCCAGGCGGAGGGAGAGUUUGCGGGACCCGCGAGCGGCGUUUCUUCCGGCGCUGCACGUGCGAAGUCGAAGACAAGGCUAUGGGCCCAGCCAGUGCCGAGACGACCCGGAGCAGGGCUGGGACCUGGCUCCCCGGGACCCCUCCGGGGCUGGCAUCGGAGCGCCAUCAGAGCGAGCGCAUCGGUCGUCAUUGUUGAGCCAGCGGGAGGCGCCCAACACAACGAACGCCAUCGCGCACAACACCCGCCACGCGACGCGACGAGCGGCAAUAACCUGGGGACCGCCUCGGGGAGGCCGGACACCGUGGUUGCCGGCGGGACGUGGAGCUAUGGGCGAGGGGACGAGAGUGCCAACAGGCACGAGACGGACUCAGCGGGGGGUCGGUGCACAGGGAGCGCGCGGAGGACGAGGGAGAAGGGCACUGGUGGGGGGAUCUGA